AUGGCGGAGCUGCUGGCGUCGCCUGGUCGGCAGCGCGACGGGCAUUUCAGCCUGCGCAGCCGGAUACAGGAGCUGUGGCAGCAGCGGGAGGACGAGGAGGAGAAGAAGCGCCGCGAGAAUGCGGGCGGCGGAGCUAAGGAUGCGGAAGGGAAAGCGGUGGCGGGAGAGAGCGGCGACACGGAGCAGGCGGCGCUGAACUGGGCGUUUGAGAAGCUGCCCGUGUCGCUCUUCCCUCCCGUGGCUUCCGGCCAAGUGAUCGAGGUGGCGUCGGACGCGAGCGUGGCGGACGCGAUUCACCUGCUGUCGCGGCACGGCAUUCUCUCCGCGCCCGUGCGCAACGUGGACGCGCCCGCCGACAGCAGCUGGAUCGACCGCUACCUGGGCCUGCUCGACUUCGCCGGCAUCGUGCUCUGGGUGCUCGGCCGGGUGAGUGCUGGGCGAAACGGACGGGUGGGGUGUUGGGGGAGGACGAUGGGAAGUGUUCGGGCGGGUGAUUUUUGA